AUGGCCGGCAGCCUCCCACCUCAGUAUCGAUCUCUCACAGAGCUUCAAGAGGCAUAUCAUGGAGGAACGACUACCGUGGCAGCAGUCACAGAGCAGUAUCUUGCCGCUAUCGAGAGUCUCCAGAGUCUCAAUGCCAUCACUGCUGUGAACCCCAAGGCGGUAGAAGAAGCUGCAAAGCUAGAUGAACUUCCACAACACCAACGUGGCCCUCUCUAUGGUCUUCCCAUCGUGAUCAAAGACCAAAUUGAAACAGCCGGCAUCGCGACCGCCUAUGGCAGCAAGGCCUGUAAAGAUUACAUCCCCACACAGGAUGCGACACUGGUGCGCAAACUCCGAGAAGCUGGCGCCGUGAUUCUGGCCAAGACGGCCAUGCCAGAUUGGGCUGCUGCGUGGUUUUCCACAUCGUCGCUGACGGGAACCACCCAACACCCAAUGGAUCCCUCUAGAGAUCCCGGAGGCUCUUCGAGUGGGAGCGGUACCGCCGUUGCUGCAGGCAUGGCGCUCGCUGCUAUCGGCGGUGAUACCGGCGGAAGUAUCAGAUUACCUUCGAGUUUCUGCGGUCUGGUGGGUGUGCGUGUCACUCCGGGACGAAUCAGUAGAGAUGGUAUGUCCUCGUUGGUGUUGACGCAAGAUACGCCAGGACCGAUGGCGAAAUGUGUCGAGGAUGCAGCGAGGAUUCUGGAUGUUGUGGUGGGGUAUGAUGAGAGGGAUGAAUAUACGUCGAUUAAUGCGUUGGCGAGCAAGCAAACACCGACUACGUUCGUGGACGCAGUCAGAGAGCCCGUUAUUGCUGGGAAACGUCUCGGGGUCCUGAGGCAAGUUUUCGGGGGCCAUCAAGGUAUCAAUUCGGUCCUCGAUCGAACUUUGGGAGAGUUGAAGUCUUCUGGCGCGGAACUCAUCGAUGUUGAGAUACCGGGACUGAAGGAUUUCAUCCAGAAAACGAGCGUCUAUAUCCUGCGAUCAAGAACUGACAUCAACAAUUUCCUCUCAUCGAGAGAAGGUCUCAAGCAUUUGAACAUUGAAGACUUGGUGGAGAAGGGAGAGUAUCACCAUUCUCUGGACUUACUCGGUGGCAUCUCCAAAGGACCUACCGAUAUGAUGCAGAGUCCGCAUUUCAGCAAGGCAAUGACCGCUAUUCAGCAGUUCCAGAGGACUGUGGCCAGUCUAUUUGCGAAAUUUGAUUUGGACGCGAUGAUAUAUCCGACUUGUCAAGCAUUGGCGCCGAAGACAAAGGAUGUGGUAGAGAUGAGGCAUUUGAGCCUGGAUUAUCCGACAAAUACAGUAAUAGGGAGUCAACUGCUCUGGACCGCCAUCUCAGUGCCCGUUGGAAUGGCCAAGGAUGUUGAGUAUCCUGAUGAUCCAGAACUGCCUGUUGGUCUAGAGAUCUUGGGAAUACCGUUAAGUGAAGAGAGGAUACUGAACUUGGCCGCUGGGAUUGAGGCGAUGAAGAAGUAG